AUGACUUUCGAUCUAUCCAAGAUAGUUAGACCAAAAAUUUACAACUUAGAACCAUACCGUUGUGCUAGAGAUGACUAUAAGGAAGGUGUGCUAUUAGAUGCAAAUGAGAAUGCUAAUGGCCCAGUGCCUAGGGAUUUGGCCGGUUUAAAUUUACACCGUUAUCCAGACCCUCAUCAGAUUGAGUUCAAGACUGCCAUGGCUAAUUACCGUAAUAGAACCAGCUCUUUCAAAGAUAUUACACCAUUGACUGCGGAAAAUUUGUGUCUGGGAGUUGGGUCUGAUGAAAGUAUUGAUGCGAUCAUUAGGGCCACUUGUGUUCCAGGUAAGGAGAAAAUUAUGGCUAUGCCACCAACUUACGGCAUGUAUUCCGUCUGUGCUAGCGUCAAUGACGUUGAAAUCGUCAAAUGUCCUUUAGUGACGAGCGAUAAUUCCUUCCAAGUCGACACUGAGGCUGUUUUGGAUACUUUGAAAAAGGAUCCAUUGAUCAAAUUAGUCUUUAUCACUUCUCCUGGUAAUCCAACAGGAGCCAAGAUUGAAACUUCUAGAAUUGAAAAAAUUCUGCAGAACUGGGAUCAAGGUAUUCUGGUAGUCGACGAAGCAUACAUUGACUUCUGUGGUGGUUCAACCGCACCUUUGGUAAACAAGUACCCAAACAUUUGUACUUUACAAACUUUAUCCAAAUCCUUUGGUUUGGCUGGUAUUAGAGUUGGUAUGACAUUUACCUCCAAGGAAUUUGCGAAAGUGCUCAACUCUAUGAAAGCGCCAUACAAUAUCUCCUCUAUCACAUCUGAAUACGCUUUAAAAGCUGUCGAGGAUGAUGCUUUCACUGCAAUGGAAGAAAAUGCCAAGGCUGUCAAUAAAGAGAAGCAACGUUUGUUGAAGAGCCUAACUUCCUUAGAUUUCGUUGAUGAUCAAUACGUUGGUGGUAUUGAUUCCAAUUUCCUGUUGUUAAGAAUCAACAAAGGUGACAACAAAUUGGCUAAGGCACUAUACCGGAAAUUGGCUACCGAAUCUGCGGUGGUUGUCAGAUUCAGAGGUACUGAAUUAGGUUGCGAAGGUUGUUUAAGAAUUACAGUCGGGACCCCAGAGGAAAAUGACAUUCUUAUCAGAGAGUUCGCGAAGCAACUAAAAGCUUUGGCAUCAACUUGUUAA